UCGAACAUCAGAACCCGCUUCCUCAUCCUCUCAGACACACACGGCAAGCCAUUCCCAGAAGAAUGGACCACCUACGCCGCCGCCGACGUCGCAAUCCACUGCGGCGAUCUAACCGACAGCUCGUAUCUGCACGAGUUCGAAACCACCCUCCACCACCUGCAGCGACUCCGCGCGCCGCUCAAGCUCGUCAUCGCGGGCAACCACGAUUUCACCCUCGAUGUUCCCGUCUUCCAGCAGAAGGUGAAAGAAGCCGGCUUGGAGAACGAGCUCGACCUCGUGAAGAGAGUUUACGGGGAGUACGGGGAGGCUCGUCGGCUUUUCGAUGAUACGCCCCAGAAGCAACAGACCGGAGAGAUCCACCUCCUAAACGAAGGCCCUCAUGCCUUCACCCUCCCCAACGGCGCACGCCUGAACAUCUACGCAAGCCCCUACACCCCCUCUUCUUCUUCUUUACUCGGUGACAACGAGACCAGUGGAUGGGGCUUCCAGUACCCCCGCCACACAAAUACAAGAAACCCCGCCUCCCACGAUUUCAACAUCACCUCCACAGACAACAACAUCGACGUGGUAAUCACCCACGGCCCACCGAGGGGGAUAUUCGAUUACACGCUAGCCCGCGAACGAGCCGGCUGCGCUGCUCUCUUCCAGGCAAUCGCGCAGACGAGGCCGCGGAUGCAUUGUUUCGGGCAUAUUCACGAGGGGUGGGGGGCGAUGGUUGCACAGUGGCGCGACCACAGACAUCCCAGGAGUGUGGGGAUCAGCGAUGGCGAUGGAGACGACGACAACAGCCAACCGUCAACGCAUUUCUCGGCUAUCGAUCACGGGAAAUCGACCAUCAUUAACAAGCUUUCGAGGCUGAUGACGAUGAUGAUGAUGAGUCCAGUACCGGGCGUGUCGGGUCGGGUGGAAGUGACGAGUCAUUGUGCGGCGGAUCCGGUGCCUCUGAGGGUUGGGGAGCAGACGUUGUUUGUUAAUGCUGCUGUUGAGGGCACCACCACCACUACCUGCAGCUGCAGCAGCAGCAGCAGCAGCAGCAGCAAUGUACCAGAAGAGGAUGACGCGCCCCUGCGGCAUCCGGUAUGGCUGGUUGAUCUGGACCUUCCCUUGGCG